AUGUAUUCGGCAACAUAGUUUCAAAGCGAUAAUCAUAGUCAAAGUUUAGACUCAAAAUGUUCUAAUAAUACUUUCAUUUUAGAGGAGUAUUAGCAAUUAAACAAAAAAUUUGAAAAUUUUUUUAAAACAAACGAUUGCUUGCAAUGCAUCAUGGGGCUCAUUUAAUCAAUAUCAUCUAAAAGUAAGGAUAAAAUAAUCCAAUAGCUUUAAAGAGAAUAAGAAUAGGGACAAAGCUAAAACAUUAUUGAAAGAAUAAUGAAUUAGAUAUAAGUAAAUGAUAAUAACUUAUUAGUAGACUUUCAUAAUGAAUAUAAUGAAUUGAAUUAAAAAGAAAAACAGUAGAUUCACACUUUAAAAGAUAAGCUGAUAUAUAUAGAUAAUUUUAUAGUGAACAUUAGUUAAGUUAUAACAACAUAAGAUGACAAUUCCUUCAAACCUGGUUCAGAUGAGUUCACAGAUGAUGGUCUAGAUUACAAUAAUCCUAUAGAAUAAUAAUCUGAAUAUUUAGGAAAUCAAUAAUUAAGCAAUCAAACUAAUUUAGAAAACGAGAGUUUAUCUUUGCUCAAUUCUUCUAAAAACAAAUAGCACUUUGAAAAUUAAUCUGAAAUCAACUCUGAUCAAAAUAAUAAAACCUCAGUGCAAGUUUAAAAAAUUCCAAAAGAAUAAUAAAAGAAGUCAGAACAAUAUACAACAAGUAACUAUGGUUAAUUGUAAAGCAAUAAUAAAGUGAAAUAUAAUUAGGUGUAAAACAACAAUUAAUAAUAAACUUAUAAAUAAGUUAAUCAAUUAAAUAAUAAUUCUAAUAAUGAUCAAUUUGCAUAUAACUACAGCUAAAACAAUUAAAUGAGUAUUUAAUCUUGUUUGGCAAAAUUUAGUAAUACCAAUUCUUCUAAUUAAUCAAACUCAAAUUCAAUCAGUACUUAUUAAGUAAGUAAUAUAACAUAUUUUAACAAUCAUUAAAAUCAAACAAACUCAUCAUCAAAUAGUAAUGAUUUAUUUGAUAGAUCAUAUAAUAAUUUACAUUAAAAUGCAUGUGAGGGUAUAUUAGACGAAACAUUAAAUAACAAUAACAGCUAUCAGUAGAAUAUUUAGAUGAUUGUUGAAAAUUCAUAAAUUUAGGAAGAAUAACCAAUUUGUAAUCCAAAUAUUAAUCCUUAAGAAAAAGAUAAUUAAUAAAAUUAUGACGCCUAAUAAAUUAACUAGCAAAUUAAUAAUUAAAUUAAUUAGCAUAUUCAAUUAUUACAAUUUUAAAAUAACUCAGGCUAUGGACAAUAGCGUAAUGUGUGUACAAAUAACACAAGUACUUUAUAUGAAACUAAUUAAUAGUAAUAAUAAUAAAAUAUAGAAAUGACCGAUAAUAAUGUUCAUGAAGAAGGUAAUUUAAGUACAUAACAUUAAAAUAAUUUACCUUAAGAGAUAGAUGAAAAAAGAAAGUACAAAAAUAUUUACUAAUGGGUAUAUAGAGAUUUAAAGUAAAUAAUUUAAGAAUUACAAAAUAUUCCAGAGGUAUUUACAUAAUUAUUUACAAAACAUGAAAAAGAAUAUUAAGAUAAAAAAUAGAGAGCAAAAAAAAAUUUAUUUUAGCUAUUCAAAGAACUAAAAAAUAAUAAAAUUUUAACAUAAUAUAUAUCAAAUUUUGAAAAUGAAGAAGAUUUUUUGCAAGGUAUAAAUAUAAUUCUUUAAAAAAAAGAAGUUAGAAAAAGCAAAAGAAAGGAAAUAGAUUUUGAUUCAAAAGAAUAUAAAAGAUAACGAAUUUUAAUGUUUAAAGCAUUUUAGAAUAAAUUACAAAGCAAGGAAAAUAAGUGA